ACGUUUACGAAAGUCGUUACGCGUUCCCGUUUGCGAUUCAAAGGGGGGAAUGGAAUAUUCUACCGGUCGUUGGAACCGAGCGUCGCGCGAAUACGCUCGAAAUUCGAAAAGAUCAACGGUCAAACGGACGAUCGUAUCUUUUUGAAACGAGGAUCGAAUUCUGUUUGCAGAAAAUGCGGGACUGGCAUUUAAGGCCAUAGACCAAGGUCUAAAUGCGCGAUGGUUAAAUCCUCAGGGGGUGGAAGUUUUUUUCUAACCGGCUGGUUUCUGGCACUGUGUUACGUCGGUGUCAGCGGCCAACCGAAUUUGGAGUACGGAUGUCCUACUCAGGAGAGGAUUCUACCUUGCAGAUGCUCCACUCGUGACAUGGAGAUACAAAUAUGGUGCAGUCACAGCGAGUUACCAAAGGUCUUGGAAGGUCUAAAGGCAGUGAGCCACUACCUAGAUCGACCUGUGGACGAACUGAUCCUGGAGAACAACAAUCUACCUAGUCUGCCAGGCAGAGUGUUCGCCACCCUGCGCGUGCUACGUUUAAUGCUUCGCAACAAUCGCCUCGAGAGAGUAUCGCCAGGCUGGUUGGAGGGUCUUCACGAUUCCCUGUUGGAACUGUUCGUCGUGGAGCCGGACCUGCGGUCCCUGCCGGUGGACAGUCUCGAGAAUCUGCAGGGUCUCGAGGCGGUGACCUUGCAGAGCCGAGUGAUGAAGAAGCUUCCAAAGUUUUCCGGACUAUCCAAGCUCAGAUACCUUCAGAUCAAUUCCCCGGCCCUGGUGGAGCUGGCGCCCAGGAAUUUUCGCGAUCUGCCCAGUCUGGAACAGUUGCACAUCUUUGGUAGCUCGCGCCUCAUACGUUUGGAGGCCGGACUGUUUCGAGACUUGCCGCGACUCGAGCUGGUGAAUAUCACCGACUGCGGUAUCCACUGGGUCCAUCCUCGAGCGAUGAUAGAUCUGCCGGAAUUGAAGGAAAUCUCACUGGUCGGGAACUCGAUAGUCGACGCGGGUAUGAUCGGUCGCGCCUGCAUGGACCUGCCAUCUUUGACCGCGAUACGGCUCGAUCGAAACCGUAUAAAUCAUCUCGGGGAGGGCGCGUUCGUCGAUCUGUUGGUCCUCUCGCGUCUCUACUUGUCCAGGAACCAGAUCACCGAGGUGUUCGCCAGCGCGUUCCAAAGGAUGCCGGCCCUGAAAACCGUGGACCUAAAUCACAAUCUGAUACAUCGCGUGCAUCCGGAAUUCUUCCCGCGCAGGCCCGGUAACGCUCUGGAGGAGAUGUGGCUGAUCAACAACGAUCUCAGCCACGUGACCGAAUUGAGAUCGAUCAUGGAGGCGCUGCCCAGGCUGAAGUUUCUCGACGUCAGUCACAAUCAAAUCGCGGAGAUACCUUUCGGCGCGUUGAGGGGUCACUCGACGUUGGAGAGGCUUCACCUCGAUCACAACAGAGUGGCCUUUCUGCAAAGGGAGACCUUCACCGCGAUGCCCGCUCUACGGGAACUUCGAUUGAAAAACAAUUCUUUGUCGAACCUGUUGGAGGCCCCGUUCUGGAACUUGCCGGCGCUGAAAGGGCUGGACCUUUCCGAAAACUACUUCCGCCACGUGGAGCCUCGUUUGCUGGCGAAUCUGCCAAGCUUGAGGCGUUUGGAUAUCAGCGGGAACGCGAUCGGUCUCAUAGAGCCCGACUCGUUCCUGGGCACGCCAGCCCUCGAGCACAUAAACAUCUCCGGAAACGCGCUCUCCGUUCUCCAUCCGCUGACGUUCCAUCGUCUGAACAACCUCUACGAGCUGGACGUCGGCUGGAAUCGAAUGCUCGAGAUCGUUCCCGGUCUGCCGCGAAACAUAGAACACCUCCACAUGCCCAUGAACCGUAUCGUUGUUCUGCCAGCAGCGUCCUCUCAGGAUCUAGCCCUUCCGGUUCUGAGAUCCCUGGACCUCAGCGCGAACGGGAUCGAACGAAUACCGCCUGGCAGCUUGGCCGAUCUGUCGAGCUUGAGGAAACUGACGUUCGGUUACAAUUCAUUGCGAAUCCUGGAGGACGGAGUGUUCGACGGUUUGUCCAGGUUGGAGCAACUGGACCUGAGGUACAAUCGACUGGUCACCCUGCACGGAAGGAGCUUCAGACCGCUCAGAUCGCUGAUAGAUCUGAGCUUGAGGGGGAAUCGACUGGAGGUUCUCAGGCCGGACAUCUUUCAGGAGAACGUUCGUUUGCAGAGGCUGGAUCUCAGCAGGAAUAAUCUGGCACAGAUCCCUCACGUGACUUUCGCGAACACCAGAGACCUUCGUGAACUGUACGCGUCGCACAACACUUUGACCGAGUUACCCGGAUCGUUGCACGGCCUAACAGCUCUUCAGGUUCUCGACUUGAGCUUCAACAAGCUGAACAUCCUGUCGCCGGAAACGCUCAGCAGCCUGUCGGCCUUGCUCGAGCUGAAGCUCGUCAGGAAUCGUAUCCGUGAACUUCGCGAGGGCGCGUUCGAUGGUCUGCCACGAUUGACCUUGAUCGAUUUGGAAAAUAACGAUCUCAGGAUCAUCGAGAGGAACGCUAUCAGAGCCCUGCCGGAAUUGCAGGCGCUGAGGCUCGGGAAAAAUCGUUUACAGAUGAUUCCAAGUGGUGCCUUCACUGAGUUGCCGCUCCUCCAAAGCGCGGAACUUCAGGAAAAUCGGAUUCAGGAAAUUGCAAGCAACGCGUUCAUUAACGUGCCUCACCUUCUCUUCCUUAAUCUGAGCUACAAUCAUUUACCGGCGUUGGAUUACGUUGGUUUGGAGAGUCUUCGUUCGCUCGAAGUUUUGGAUUUGAGCAAUAAUCGACUGUCCAGGGUGUCCAGUAACAGCCUAGCGUCGAUGGAGUGGUUGGUUGAAUUGAAAAUGGAUAACAAUCGUAUUUGCGCCAUCCAAGGCUCCCCUUUCGACGAAAUGCCGAGGCUUCGGGUUCUCAGUUUGAGAAGCAACCGGAUGGCUUCCGUUUCGGAAGCGGCGUUCAAACGAUUGCGAUCGAACAUCGCUGUUUUGGAUAUAGACGGCAAUCCACUUUCGUGCUCUUGUGGAAUGUUGUGGUUGAGAGGAUGGUUGCAGCAAGCCUCGUCCGAGGGACCAAGAUGCGCGGAUGGAUCUUUGUUCAAAGAAAUUCGACUGUCGCGGCAGGAUUGCCAGCGAGAAAGGCAAAUCGAUCCGAUUCAUCCCGGCUGUGAAGCUGAAUUCAUCGACGCAGCACCUUAUCCUGUUUCCUCUUCGAUUUUCGGGGCAACGGAGAUGGUACCGCUUCACUUGAACAUAAAAGAAUCGUCGACGCAGAGGUCACCUAACUCCCAAAAUUCCGAGUACUUUUACGAGUAUCCGGAUUAUCAGGAAGCUAAGAACUCGACGUUGAACUCGACAUCCCUUCAGUCGCCCGCCACCGUGCCGACGAACGCCAUGAACAUCGUCCAGACACCGGAAAAGGUUCAAAGCAAAUCGAACGCUACUGUCCCCGUGAAGAAGAACACUUUGAUGCCUCCCUCUCCUAGUAGCUCCGGUUUCACAUUUUUCGGAGUGCCGUUACCCAGCUUGAAUUUCAAUCUAUGGGGAAACACGGGGAAGAAAUCUGAACGGAAGAACUCGUCGGGUAGACCCGGAAGGGGCCGUUACAGAACAUUUCCGCCAACGGAACCAGAGAUCCACAGAGGCGGUUUCAUACCUUUGCCACGCGGUCAGGGAGGUUUCGUGCCCAUCGUCGACCCUACGUUGACUUAUCAGAGGCAAGUUAAAAACGAGACUUCGUACAGACAGAAUUCGAGCGUCAUACAAGAAGAGAAGAAACGAUGGAGGAGCGGAAAUGGUACGGUAGUGAAGGUAGAAGGAACCCACGUUGUAACGAGCAGACCAAAAUCGGGCUUCAAAGAGAGGGAGGAAUUGUCCACGAUGGCUACGCACGAAUCUGACUCUCGAAGGAAAUCGUUCGCCAGGGGUAAAGGCAGUCCGAGUAAUUUAACGAAAACCUCGGACUCGAGUACCGCGGCAGACGAAUCGCCCCAAGAAGCGAACGAAACGUCCAUGGCCACUGAGAUCCACGAUGACGAGGGUUUGGAGGUAAAUCGAUCACCAAGCAAAGUCGAAGAGAAGCUUCAAACAGAAGUCGCGAGUAGGAUCGUCUGGACGACACCGAGAACGAUUUUAGAGUCAACGAAAGGACGUCCUGCCAAAGAAACAUCGACGGAAGCAUCCAAGGGAGAAAAACCCGCCUUUUGGAGUUCCAAAGCGGUGGAAUUCCAAGAAAUAUCUACCUCAACAGCGGCGAAUAUUCAAAACGAGCCAACUGACUAUUCGAAGAUUGCUACGACGGAACGACCAACUUUCCACUCGACAUUCUCGAAGAAUCGUCAGAACUUUUCCGCGUCUCAGUUUUCUCGGGAAACGGAAGCCUCGGCUCUUUCGGCGUUUCUGGUUCCCGGCGGCCAAGUGCCCUCCUCCGUGUCGACACCAAAUCUACGUCCAUUAGGUAGAUCAACUAUAACAAAAGUUCCCUCGCCGCAUCUCGAUCUCGCUGGUGAAGUAGAGAAACAGAAGUCCGUGGCUGAAGCUGUUCAACGUAACGUGGAAAACAUGGAGGGGCAAAUGCUUAAUAAAGACGAAUCCUCCGGCGAGAACGCUGAAGUUAUCGAGGACAGUUCGUUCAAUUGGUACUUCCAACAUUACAACGAUACCAAUUUAGAACCGUACAUGGGCGUAGCGUAUAGCGCGGGUGAAAAAACAAGUGUUUACCGAUGGACUCUAUUUGGUCAGAUGUGUCUUAUUUUUUACACUUUUGUAUAG